AUGGUGAUAGAAUAUAUUGGUGAUUUGAUACGAAAUGAGGUGGCAAAUAGAAGAGAAAAAACAUACGAAGAACAGAAUCGUGGUAUAUAUAUGUUCCGUAUUGAUGAUGAUAAUGUAAUUGAUGCUACUAUGUCUGGAGGUCCAGCACGAUACAUCAACCACUCCUGUGCUCCAAACUGUGUAGCUGAGGUGGUACCAUUUGAGAAAGAUAGUAAAAUUAUUAUUAUUACCAAUAGAAGACUGAGUAAAGGAGAGGAAUUAACCUAUGAUUAUAAAUUUGACUUUGAAGAUGAAUCCCACAAAAUACCAUGUAGUUGUGGAGCAGGUUGCUGUAGAAAAUGGAUGAACUGA